GGCAUGCAAUCGAGCUCGAGUUUGUUUUAACAACCUAUUGUCAGUGUGUUAUCGCGAACAUCCGAAAGAUAUUCUUCGACAGAAAAGCAAUGGAUUUUGGUGAAAAUCUCACGGGUCGUCAAAAUUCUACAGAAUACUUCGAUACUGUUAUUGGCCAUAUUGAGGAUAUUGUAAUCGGAGAGGAAUUUCAGAAUAUGGCGAACCAAUUCAUGGACUGCUACUAUCAUCUGUUCGAAGCGGGCGAGGAAAAUAAGAUCGUCUAUACGGAAGUUUACCAGAAAUACACUAGUCUGGUCGAAACGUUUAUAGUGAAAAAUUUGAACCGUAGAAUGAGUUAUUUCGACAUGGAUCUGUUUGCAUUGGAAUUGGAAACCAAAAAGAAUCAACUAGAUGGGGAGAUUUUCGAGUUGCUCUACACGCUGACCGAUUUUCUCGCUUUCAAAGAGAUGAUGCUCGAUUAUAAGAUCUUCAAAGAGGGUCGUUACGAUGAUCUGGACCAGGGCUUUAGUGUGACUAGUCUUCAACAGUAAAGUACGUUUCGCUUGAACGAUUUGUUCUAAUUUAAUAAUUCAAAAAAACAUCAGCAUUUGAAGGACUCUAAACUAGUGCAU